AUGGGUCACAAACGGCCACCUGUCGUCACCCAAGCCCGGAUGGUACUUUCCCAUCAUGUCCUCAUAAUGGUCAACAAAACCCUCCCAAUACCCGUGCAGAUAAAACGUGUUCUCGAUAAAAACCUUGUUCAUCCACCUCUCUUUUUGAGAAAGCAGCACGUAUAUCAAGGCAGAUUGAUCGUCUGCCUCGAACGCAGGCCGGCCCUUCAGAUGAGCUGUCAAGAUCUUACCCGCUUCAUCGCGGAUCGGGCCCUUGGGCCCCAUUGGAGCCCAAACGUCCAGCAAAUCCAAAGACCACUGGCAGUUGCGGAUCAAGAAGCUGCCAGUGUUCAAAGCAAUCCAUGA